AUGGACAAAGUUUUUGCAAAAAAAGCUCUAAAAAAAGCACGAGGUUCAGAAAAUGAACAGUUCGAGUUCGCUGUUAAACGAAAGAAAGGUUUAUCUGCAUUGGGCGAAAAAGAAAAGUAUGAGGAGCUUCUCGAAAACCUAGUAUUUGGUGCAGAAGAUGAACUGGUGGAGCGACUCAAUGCAGAACAUGAACACAGUGCAUAUGGAAACUUGCUAGAGGAGGACUCUAGCGAUUUGGAGUCUGAGGCUGAAGUGGGACUUAAGGUAUCUCAUGCAAAGAAAGCUGUGUGGGAAGAUGAAGAUGAUGGACUGGAUGAAGCAGAGGGUGAGAUUCUUCUCAAUCACAGAGGCUUUGUGAAGGGUGAAAAUGAGAAGAGUCUUUCCAAGGAGAGACUACAGAAGAGACUCAAAGAACAGUUCCGGCGAGCAAUGGGUGGAACUCCGUUAUGGGCAGAGGAAAGCUUGAAGAAAAGCAAAGGAAGCACCAACACAGGAGAUGAAGAUGAAAGCUUGUUCUGCAGCACUGGAAACUUUCUGACAAAGUCAGAAAGCCUUCCUAAAGGAAUUAUACAGAUGAAGAGUUGCUUGAAUGCCAACAACGACCGUCCCUCUGAAGCUAAGUUGAGCACUGUACAGUUUCACCCAUCUGCACAAGUUGUCAUGACAGCAGGGUUUGACCAGUCCAUCUCACUUUUUCAGGUUGAUGGCAAAAGCAAUCUGAAGAUUCAGAGCAUUUUCCUGGAGAAGUUUCCUGUCUUCAGAGCUCGCUUCAGUGCUGAUGGAGAGCAACUGGUGGCUACUGGCAACCACAACAAACUCUUCUACAUCUAUGACAUGAUGGAAGGCAAAAUAGUUCCCAUAAAGGCUAUCAGAGGUUUGGAUGAGAAGAAGGUUGGAGAGUUUGAAGUUUCUCCAGAUGGGAUGUUUCUUCUCAUUAUUGGGGCUUCUGGAUAUCUUCACUUGUUGACAAUGAAGACAAAGGAACUAAUUUGUAGCAUGAAAAUUGAUGGGAAAGUUACAGGAGCAGCCUUCUCCUUGGAUGGCAGCAAGAUUUAUACCUGUUCAGAUGAAGGGGAGGUUUUCAUCUGGGAUGUGAAAAGCAGAAAAUGCCUGAACAGGUUAACGGAUGAUGGUAGCUUGAAGGGAACAUCAAUUGCCGUUUCGAGAAGUGGACAGUAUCUGGCAUGUGGGUCUCAGUCUGGUGUAGUGAACAUAUACUCCCAUGAUGCCUGUCUAAAGGAAUCCACUCCCAAGCCUCUGAAGGCAGUCAUGAACCUGCUAACACCUGUCACUUCCCUCUGCUUCAACCCCACCAGUGAAAUUCUUGGCAUUGCCUCUAAUACAGUGGAUGAAGCUAUCAGACUGGUCCACAUUCCCAGUUUUACAGCUUUUUCCAACUACCCAGUAUUUAGACGAAAGACAGUUCACCUCCCACAGUGCAUGGAUUUUUCCCCCAAUAGUGGCUUUUUCUCUGUAGCCAAUGAUAAAGGGAAAGCCCUGCUGUACAGGCUGAAGCAUUACAAAGAUUUUUGAAGAAGGAUCAUUUUUCUCUACUCCUACUAAAAACUUUUUUGUACUUUUUUUUUUUUUGUAGUUUCUGUACAGGCCCUUCUUAAUGUAAACCAUAUCUAAACUUGGAGAACUCAAAUUUUGUUGAAAUAUAUGGUAAAACAAUGGGUAUCAAGGUCAUAAUGUUACAGAAAUGCUGGUUUUUGGCUCACUAAUUUUAGAUCAAUACAUUAUGUUGAAAAAAAAUAAAAUUCAAUGAAAAUACCUGACAAUUGAUAAUGUGA